UGGGGGCCAUAUCGUGGCUCCAUGCAUUUUUAAAAGGGAUCCCCCGGAAAUUGACCAAAAAAUCUAAAAAAUAUUUCGUUUCUAGAUUUUGAUGCAGAUUGGAAGGGAAUCGAAAUACAAAUCGUUUAAGAUAUUCCGCUCAAGAAUCGGAUGAAUAUUGGCAAAGAUAUAGCCCUGACUAAGUGCCGUGUUUGGAAACCCUAUGUUUUCCAAGAUUCGGGGACGAUUGUCGUGUGACUUUUGAUAUUCUUGUUAAUAGUUUCACUUUCAUUUGAAAUUUUCAAAUAAUUCAUCCCAAAAAGUUUUCUGUAAUGAUAGAGGAAGUUGUGGAGAUGUUCCUAGUCUCUACCGUACUCUUUUUUUGUGUCGAGUUGGAGAGGCCGCCUGAUGGCUGGGGAUACUUUAAUUGUGCCUGCCCAAUCGUUAUGGGUUUACUUUCUGCCGGAUUAAUUCACAUAAAUAAAAUCUAGCGUCUUGCGUACUUUUGGAUUAUUCGAAGAUGACUUUAUUUUGGUUGAGAUUAUAAUUUAAAAUAAAAUGUAUUUAAGUAUUUAAAAACAACAAAUAAAUAUGAAGGUAUGGCAUGA